AUGCCUAAAAGUUUAAAUAAAAAUGAAAAUUUACCAUUACCAUAUAAUUGGGAAGUAAGACAGGAUUACGACGGUAAAACCUACUACAUAGACCAUACUAGAAAAAUAACAACAUGGAUUGAUCCCCGCGAUAGAUUAACAUCAAGUAAAAUGAGACAUUUUGUUGUAAAUCAACAGAAGGAAGAAGGCAUUGGAAUUUCUGGUUAUUAG